AUGUUCCCGAAUACUUUGUUUGGAAAGCUAUACCGAGAGAGAGCUACUGUGGAAGACUGUUCAUUUCGAGGAACUUUAGAAACAGCUGUGAGAUUGUGUCAGUGGAGAAUUCAUGUCAAAGCCCGACGGAGAUACAUUCCACGAGUUGAGGAAAGAAGAGCUUAUUUUAUCUCCCAAAUACUUCAAGUUAGAGGUAAAGAAGGCAAUGAGACUAAAAGAAGCUGGAGCAAAAAAGAAAAGGAAGGACAAGAAAGGCUCAAAAGAGAAGAAAGAGAAAGACAAGAAAAGCUGAAGAGAGAGGAAAAGUAUUGGCAUGAAAGGCUAAAGAGAGAGGGAAAGGAGCCACAAGAGCCACUGGAGAGAGAGGAAAAGUAUUGGCAGGAAAGGCUAAAGAGAGAGGGUAAGGAGCCACAAGAGCCACUGGAGAGAGAGGAAAAGUAUUGGCAUGAAAGGCUAAAGAGAGAGGAUAAGGAGCCACAAGAGCCACUGGAGAGAGAGGAAAAGUAUUGGCAGGAAAGGCUAAAGAGAGAGGGUAAGGAGCCACAAGAGCCACUGGAGAGAGAGGAAAAGUAUUGGCAGGAAAGGCUAAAGAGAGAUAAGGAACCACAAGAGCCACUGGAGAGAGAGGAAAAGUAUUGGCAUGAAAGGCUAAAGAGAGAGGGAAAGGAGCCACAAGAGCCACUGGAGAGAGAGGAAAAGCAUUGA